AUGGAUGUGAAACGUCAACUAGUUUUGAAUUUGCACAAAAAAGGUUUGCGACAAGUUGAUAUUUUUCGGAAGGUUCAGAGCGACAAUAUCAAUUUGAGAUUUAUUCAGCGCACCAUAAAACGAUACAAGGAACAUGGAACAGUCGAUGUGAAGCGAAAGCCGGGCAGAAAAAAAUCCGUAAGAACAAAAGAUCUGGUCAAAAAGGUACGAGACAAAAUUCGUCGAAAUAACAAAAGAAGCGCUAGAAUCUUGGUCCGUGAGCACAAUAUCAGUCGAUCUUCAAUGCGACGAGUGUUGAAAGAAAAUUUGGGAGUUAAAACAUUUAAAAAAACCCGAAAACACGGCUUUACAAUCAAAAAUAAGCAAGAUAGAAAGCAAAAAUACGAAGAGUUGUUCCUUUUGCAGCCAAGUCUCAAUGCGCAAAAUGAUCGCGUGUAUGCAGCGUCAAUUGAGGACAUUCCUGAAGAAUUCGUUGAACGACUUCAAAAUGUGUCGAGUGUCAUGGUUUGGGCCGCCGUUUCGGCCGGCCACAAAUUUCCCCUUGUUUUCGUUGAAAAAGGCGUUAAAAUUAACGCAGCUGUGUAUGAAAAAGAAAUAUUGCGCAAAAACUUGUUGCCACAUGCCGAAGCUGUGUUUGGUGAUGAACCGUGGGUGUUUCAGCAAGAUGGGGCACCGGCACAUUGA